GCCAACCCAGAUUUCAUGGUUCCGCUAAUGUUAGUUCAAAGGUCUUGUAGAAAAAGGAGAUUUACCAUAGAAGUGAAGAAUUUACUGCUCAAAAUGAUAUCCUCUAUCAGGCGGUUAGUAAGUUUUCCGCUCUCUAAAAAUAUUUCUACUACAACAAGACUAACUAAAGAAAUCAUGAGUGAUAAACAAGAAAAAGCUAUGUCGGAAAACUGUUUCCUUGUUUCUAAACAGGACAAAGUUAUAGGCACUGCAAGUAAAAGAGACUGUCAUAAAGUUCAGGCAAAUGGAAAUAUAUUGCUUCACAGGGCCUUCAGCAUUUUUCUUUUCAAUGGUCAUGGGGAUUUGCUGCUACAAAAGCGUUCUUCCAACAAGAUUACUUAUCCUGAUCACUAUACAAAUUCGUGCUGCAGUCAUCCAAUUGCUGAUGUUCCAGGUGAAGAGGUAGAAGAAAAUGCUUUAGGAGUCAAAAGAGCUGCUAUUAGGAGGCUUAACUUUGAAUUGGGGAUACCAGUAGAUUCAAUGAAAGUUGAAGAUUUUACUUAUCUUACUCGUAUUAUAUACAAAGAUGAGGGUAAUGGUAAAUGGGGAGAACAUGAAAUUGACUAUAUAUUAUUUUUGAAAGGAGACUAUAAAUUGCAUCCCAAUCCAGAUGAAAUAUCAGAAAUAAGUUAUGUUCCACGAAAUGAAGUAGAUAAUUAUAUUCCAACACUUAGUGGUCCUCUGACGCCUUGGUUUAGUCUCAUUUUAAAGCAUCGAUUAAAGUUAUGGUGGGACAAUUUGGAUGAUCUGGAAUCUUACAUAGAACAUAAGAAAAUUUUGAAAUUUGAAUCGCAUUGACUUUAAUAUUCAUCCUUGGAAUUAAUUGGUUCAAGUACAUAUUCUUUAAACUACUUAGGAAAAAACAAUGAAUACUUUCAUCCUUAAUUGUUUGCUUAUUACAGUAUUAAAAUCUCAUUCAAUUAAGGAUGCAGGGAUAUGGUUUGGAAUAAAUUCAACUUUAUGUAAUAUUUUGCUGGGAAAAAAUAUAAUUAAAUGUAAAUGGAUCAAUAGAUUUCCUGAUCGACUUCUUGAAUAUUUAAAAUGAUGAAAUUAUAACUAUAUGUAUCAUGAUUUUGAAUGAGUAAAUUAUUUUCACUAAGA